GAACCAUUGACGAGGAGACAAUGUUCCGCACGGGCUUUUUCAUGGCGCGGUCGAGAUGUUUGUUUUCCUUACCAUUUUAUUUGUCUUGGUGGCUUACGCUGUCUUUAUAAAGUUUGUGUAUUACAGACAGAGUCGGUCAUGGCCACACGUAUUGAAUAAAAUAUCCACCCCUUUAUACACAGUCGGAAACUCGAGGUUUUGCCCAGCGCAGGAGAGGUCCGGCGCGCUCUUUCCAAAUUCAGAGGAUGAGAAUCCGCGCGAGACUCGAGCUCUGUUAGUCACUGCACAUCCAGAUGAUGAAUGCAUGUUCUUUGCACCUACAGUCUUAAAGCUAGUUGAAUCACGAGCAGCCGUGUAUUUGUUAUGUUUGUCAACAGGCAAUUACAACAAUCAAGGACUGCAGCGCAAAAAGGAACUGCUGGACAGCUGUGCGGUUCUGGGAAUCCCAGCCAACCAUGUCUCCAUCAUAGAUGACAAAGAGCUUCCAGAUGAUCCAGCUAUACAGUGGAGCACUGCACUGAUCUCUUCCCUGAUCCUCAAACACAUCCAAAACUACGCCAUCGGUCUGGUUUUGACGUUUGAUGGCAGAGGUGUGAGUGGACAUGCCAAUCAUAUUGCCAUCUACAAGACCCUCAGUCAUCUAGCUUCUGCUGGACGUAUACAUGAAGGUUGCCAGAUCUUCUCGCUUCAAUCUAUUAGCAUCAUCAGGAAGUACCUGUCUGUCUUAGAGCUGCCGGUCAGCUGGCUCCUCCCCUCUGAUUUCUGCUGUGUCAUUGGACGAGAGGACUAUAAACGUGCCAAGAAAGCCAUGUUCUGUCAUCGCUCUCAGCUGCUGUGGUUUCGCCGGCUCUACAUAUUCUUCUCACGCUACAUGUUUGUAAACACAUUCCAGGCCAUCACAACGGAAACCAAGAAUGUGAAGAUUUAUUAG